AUGUCUGAGAGUACGUAUAAGGUUGAUUUUCCGAACUCGCAGACUGGGACUUGGGCGAUUUCUAUAGAAUGGUAUGUCUCGGGGCCUGUCGCGAAGGGGAGCACGGGCAUCGAGGUAAUCGGCCUGGUCUCCGCGAUUCUCACAAUCCUCGAGACUAUUGGCAAGAUUUCCGAUGCCCUCAAAAAUGCCAAAGACCUACCACCAUCAUUUCGUGAAGUGGCCAACAAGUUACCCAUUGUUCGAGAGAUCCUCCAAGCUGUCGAAAAGCACCUAAGCACAUUGGCAGAUAAAGCGACAGACGAGUCCAUAAAGGCGGUUCUGAAGCAUUGCAGAGAAAAGGCAGAGAAGUUGGAGAAACUGUUCAGGGCCGUUGAUCCCUCUGAAGAUACAUCCAGCUUCAGGCGUUAUGCCUUGCUGAACCAUGCGGCCCAAGCAGCCACUGAGGCACAAGUUGCGAAGCUCUCCGAGGCCAUUCGGGUCAUGUCUAGCAUGGAAACCCCAAUCCCAGAGGAGGAAGCUAUCAGCCAGACACAUUAUGGAUCUGGAGACAAUGUCGCUGAGGAUAAGUACUCCGGUAAUCAUAACGAAAACAGCGGUUCCGGCACUGCCUACUUUGCCCCCAGUCACACAGUAUGCCGGAAAGAGACGCCUCUGGUCCUUUCCUUCUUUUUCAAUGGCCGUGGUACCGAACUCCAAAGAACGCCAGAUGGCCUCUAUCGCUCGCUCCUCUGCCAGUUACAAAGCAAGAUUCCUGAGGCACUGGAGGCCAUGGAAAUUACAUUCAGGCAAAGAUACAUUCCACCGGACACGUCUGACAAGCGUUGGGAGUGGAAUACAUCUGAGCUCCGCCACUACACCCGGACCGCAGUUUGGAGGACUUUGGAAACUCACCCUAUAAUAUUAUUCGUUGACGCUCUAGACGAAGGCGGUCAAAAGAGCGCGGAGGAAUUGGCUGACGAGUUCAAUUCUCUGCUUCACAGACCCUUAUCGGACCGCCUAAAACAUUUUCGGAUCUGCUUUACCUGUCGUCACUAUCCUAUCCUCAACCUCAAGUGUUCACUUGAGAUAUGCAUUGACACAGAGAACGCGAAAGACAUAUCCACCUUCGUUGAGAAUAAACUGAGUUCAUUCCAGGAACAGACAGGGUCUGAGAUUGCUGACUAUGUCUCGAAGCACGCCGAAGGCGUAUUUCUAUGGGCGAGUCUUGUUGUGACCAGGGUGUUGAGCCUCUAUCAAGAGCAGAUAGGUAUCCCAAAGAUCGAGUCUGAAGUCCGCCAGAUCCCUCAAACCUUGGAGAAACUCUAUAGUGAAAUCAUCGACGCAGUUGAGCUGGAUUCCAUCGACCUUAUCGAAAUCAUUUGCUUUUCCGCAAGGCCUUUGACUCUGCUUGAGUUAUAUUCGGCUGUAUCCCUAGCUCGCCAGGAGUUUGAAUCGUUACUACAGUUCGAAAAUGAGGAGGAAUUUCGGUCCCACGCCGCGGCAAUGGCAUGGAGAACUACAACGCUCGGACGCGGACUUAUCGAGUAUAAACCCACUGAAGGAGUCGCUCAAUUCAUUCACCAGUCUGUAAAGGACUUUUUUGUUGAGAAGGGACUGGCAUCUCUUCAUCGAAGCAUUGGUGCAGAACAAACAGCCAUAUCGGCACACAAUCGGUUGGCUCAGAUCUGUGUUUGCUACCUAGAAAUGCUACACGCUCACCUGACAGCCAAUGAAGAUCAAUGGGGAAAACACAAAUGGGAGUCAAAAUUCCCCUUUCUAUCAUAUGCGAAACGCUUGUGGAUAUUUCAUGCAAAUCACAUUCCGGAAAGUCUUCAGGAGUCAUUCCGUUGGCCCUCGGAUGCGUCUCUGGGCCGCUUGGGUCCAAUACCUCUGAAAUUUGGGCUUCGGAAUGGAUGGAUCGGAGCUUUGAGAGGUGUUCUAACGAGGGAAGUUGAAGUUUGCGUCAAAGUCGACUUGGAGGUAGUAGACUUUUGGGGCAACACACCGCUUACUAUUGCAGCAAGAUCUGGUCACGCGGCUAUUGUGAGAAGUCUUCUGGACAAUGGCGCCCUGCCAGACCAGAAAAAUAUACUGGGGGAGACGCCUCUUCAUUAUGCUGUGCAGUAUGGUGAUGAAAGUAUCAUAGAGCUAUUUCUCGAAACUGGCACUUGGCGAGAUAGGAAAGAGUUGGAUACGUAUGGUUACACACCACCUUCCUACAUAGAGAAUGGUAGUAUCGCCAAGAUCGAGCUUUCGCUCAAUAGAGGCUCCGGAGAUGACCAUACCUACAUGGUGGGGGGCAGGUAUCGUGACCGGCCAAUUUAUUGGAUAAAGUGGCUGGCGUUUAGUGCAGAGGCUUCGUAUACAAUUAUGCUGUCGGUCAAGAAGAGAAUCGUAUCCUAA